AUGAGAGAAGGGAGGCAGGUGUUGACUCAAGAGGACAAGACUAGAAGGUUGGCGGUUAAAUCAGAUAUAGAUUUUCUGGCUUCUUUGGAAGAGAUUUCUUGGAGGCAGAAGUCCAAGGCUCUGUUUAUCAAAGAGGGUGAUAACAACACACAGUUCUUUCAUAGAAUUGCCAAUUCCCAUAGCCGAACCAAUCAGAUUAGGGGUGUGGAGGUGGAUGGCGUUCUCUUUGAGGAGGAGUCAGAUAUUACAGAUCAGAUUAAUGCAGUAAAUAUCAAAGACUUUCGUCCUAUCAGUCUUGUGGGUAGCCUUUAUAAAUUGUUGGCUAAGGUGUUGGCUCAUAGGCUUCGAGGAGUGUUGGAUAAAUUGAUAUCUGACUCUCAAAAUUCUUUUGUGGGAGGGAGACAAAUUCUUGAUUCGGUUCUUAUUGCUAAUGAAUGCUUAGACAGCAGGUUGAAGAGUGGUAUUCCUAGUGUUAUAAUAAAGCUGGACAUUGAGAAGGCUUAUGAUCAUGUGAAUUGGAAUGCACUAUUUUACCUUAUGGAUAGGAUAGGCUUUGGGGCAAGAUGGAGUAGGUGGAUUAAGGCGUGCAUCUUUACAGUUAAAUUCUCAGUUUUGAUUAAUGGAUCCCCUAAAGGUUUUUUUGGUAGUUCUCGUGGUCUUCGCCAAGGGGAUCCUUUGUCUCCACUUUUAUUUCUAAUGAUUAUGGAAGUGUUGAGUAGACUGUUGAAGAGGACAGAAAAUGGUGGCUUUCUUUGUGGAUUUAAAGCGGGGUCGCAUAGACGUGGGGGCCUGAAAGUUAAUAUAGGCAAGAGUGAGAUUGUUCCUGUUGGCGAUGUCGGGGAUUUGAAUGGUUUGGCUCGUAUCCUUUGUUGUAAGGCUGUGGCUGCAAGAAUUGAAAGAAUUCAGGGGAAUUUCCUUUGGGGGCCUCAGAGAAUAGUUAGGCUGUUUAACAAGGCUUUACUUGGGAAGUGGUUGUGGCGGUUUGGGAAAGAGAAUCAUAGAUUAUGGCGUCAGGUUAUAGCAGACAAAUAUGGAGAGGCAAGAGGUGGCUGGUGCACUAGAGGGGUAAGAGGUGCUCACAGGUGUGGGAUGUGGAGGAGUAUUAAAGAAGGAUCAGAGAAGUUCUUUAGCCAAAUUUUGUAUAAUGUGGGGGAGGGUAACCGUGUUCGUUUUUGGCAUGAUACAUGGUGUGGGCCUACUCCUUUGAAUGAACUUUUUCCUUCCAUGUAUGAUUGCUCUGUUUCUAAAGAAGCAUGA